UUUAAAAUGUUUUGCCCUUUAACAUCAAUUCCCCAGUAUUUAAGUGAGUGCCCUACAAAAGUGGGGUAAUAGAGGCAAUUAUUUUACCACACGAAAUAAAAAAGUAUAUUUAAUUACAACUUUUAUGAUUAACUUUCAGGUGACUGUGGUGGACAAAGAAGUUCUCAUCCAGAGAAAAACACAAAGUGAUCUGAUAUCUGCUUUUCAAUUAAGAGCCAGUAUCAGCUGGAAUGGCUCCUGUGGAUGACGUGACGGCAUGGGGAGAGUCCUUCGACCGUCUUCUGGAGUGUAAAACAGGCCAACUGGUGUUUGAGGACUUCCUGAGGACACAAUACAGUGAGGAGAACCUGCUUUUUUGGCUGGCCUGUGAGGAAUAUAAAAGAAUUACUGCUGUGACAGAAAUGAUGGCUGCUGCCACAAGAAUAUACACCGAAUUCGUCGAUGUUGAUGCGCCACGACAGAUAAACAUUGACUGUGUGACGAGAGAAGAAAUCAGCGAAAAUAUCUCUCAACCGGGACCAAAUUGCUUCGACAGGGCGCAGAAACUGAUACAUGGUCUGAUGGAAAACGACUGUUAUCCAAGAUUUCUGAAAUCAGAAAUCUACCAAGCACUCCUGGAACAAGCUGAACAGCAAUGAGAGCAACAGGAAGAAAUACAGGCUGCCCGACGCCUCUCUGAAUGAUUGAUUCUGCUCUUCAGAGGACUCUCCUUAGAAUCUCGGUUUAAACAAAAAGGCCUGCCAGUCAGAGGAAGCAGACAUGAGAGGCGCUCCUGAGCUGCUGGUGUGGUGACUGAUGGCUUUCUAAAUGCCCAACAUGAUCUAAAUAAUGUAUUAAGAUCCUUUUUGAUGUCGUGUGUGAAUGCCAUAAUUCACAAAACUCUGGCAUCCGGAUUUGAAAGGUUGACAUUUGUUUGGACAAGCAUCAGAGGUAAUGUUUCCACAUUUGUCAGUAGAUUAGCAGUUUGUUCGCCCAAAUUAUGCGUAAUACAUUCACCUCCUGCGGCACUGACUUUCUGAAUGCUGCGUCUUGUUUUACAGCUGCAUAAACUAAUAAAAAUGUGUCUUAGCAUCAUCAGCUUCGGUCGUAAUGUGCUACGUCAGAUGAAAGUGGAAAAGUUCAGCACAUUCAUAUUUGAUAAGUGAUGCCACCCUCUCAUUUUAUGCAACUGACAACAUGUACAAUCACAGAAAAACAAGCCCAGCUGGAGUGUCUUAGAAAAUGUUGCUUGCAAAUUAUUCAAAAUAUGCAUAAAUAACUGAUUUUUAUGAAGUCCAUAACUAAAUUGCUUCACAUUUGUGGUUAAGAAAAAAAGCAUUACUCUUGCACACAAACAUGAAGGGAGGGCACGAUUUGCUAGAGGUGAUUGAUAAACCUUGUGUAUCUCCUUUUUAUAGCUUGCGCAGCAGGCAUCAUGGAUUUCCCCCGCAUAUUCAAUAAAAAGCUUCUUCGCCAGCAAAAAAGGAAAACACACCCUGAUUAGAUAUGUUUAAAGUUUCAAAUUUCAUCCCACCUGUGACCCCUGGGUGACCCUAGAAAUGUAUUAAUUCUGAUGCUUCCUUUUUUCUUUUCACUUGCAGUUCUCAUACAACUGAGUACAGCUUAAAGAUUACGGGACGAGGCUAGACAACGUCAUACUGUAUUGCUGGUAGCCUCGCGACCAUGCUGGUUGGAGCAGCGGAGUUUGCCCUGCAAAGGCAGUUACCCCACCUUAUAUCACCUCCGUUCUAACAUGGGAUGACGCCAGAGGGGUGGCUUUUCUGGGUGAGGGAUUCUUGUCGGGUGGUCUUGUUCUCCUCCGCCGAGAACCACUCAGGCACCAAGGCAUGGCGUACAGUGUGUUAGCUAAGCCGCAGCCAGCAGGGGAGGUGCCACCCGUGCCCUGCCCCCCACGCAUGUCGUUGGAGGCACGUUCGCAUGUUCUCUUCCUGCCUUUUUAAUACCUGGUUUGGCUGGUUUGUGACAUGGCUAGUGUUAGCUUUAGCUGCUGCCAAUGGAGGUGCUGUUCGUGCACUCUUCUCCCAAGCCUGACUGGUAUACGGUUUGUGUUACAGUUUGCUACAGUUGUUGGUAAAGAUUGCUCUUCAUCCACCUUACUGAAGCCAACCGUGGCUGUUAAUUGCAUGGUUGGUGUUAGCUUUAGCCAUUGUUGAUGAAGACCACGUUGACAGUCCUUUCUUCCGCCUUAAUGAUGCCGAUCCUGUCUGGUGAGUGAUGCUACCAGUGCGUCCAGCUACCUCAAAGGUGAAUGUGGCAGCAAUAUCAGACUGGCAUGAAAGGGCUGCAAAUGGUACAGUUUGGGGCCAUGACUUAGUGUCGGCUUUCUCAAGGGGGCGCUGAGGCUUCGCCCCCCGAGAGCCCCAUGGGCUCCAGGGUGGGAGCUGCACUUGGGGCUGGAGGCCUUGUGUCAGCCUCCCUAUGAGCCUUUGGCAACAGGGGAGCUACUGUGGGUGCCACACAAGACUACAUUUUGCUACCUCUUUCCUUUGUGAAAUACGUGGGUGAGGUACACGCUUCGCCUAUCAGUCCUUGAUGCCUGACAGAGCAUCUGGAUGUUAGGGGUGCCACUUUAAAUUUGAAGGUUGCUCUUUUCCCAAAAGUGCUGUCAGGUGUAUGGGCUAUUCAGCCUGACUCUUAUGACAUGGCUCUCCAAUGAGUGUUCCUCAAGACAGGGAGGAACUCUUGUGCCCAGUAAGAGCCCUAGGAUGCUAUAUUGAUGCUACUAUGGGAAUUCUUUCCUCCAAAAAGCCUUUGGUCUGUUAUGGAGGUCCUGGCAGAGGCUCUGCUCUCUCCAAGCAGCGCUUCUCUCACUGGAUCAUAAAUACCAUUCGCCAUUCUUGUUAGGUGGCGAACCGCCCUUUACCAUCAGAAGUCUGCUGCCACUCCACCAGAGUGGUGUCCAUGUCUUGCGCUAGCCUCGUAAACCAGCCCCGCCCACUCCUCAUUUACGUUUGGAUUUUGGAGUCGAGCUAAGUCUAGAUAGGAGCC